AUGACGUCUUUUACUAGUGUGGCUCGCAUGUAUGCGAAUAUUAAUCAGACUAUGCCCCGAGACUAUUGGGAUUAUGAUAAUUUACAAGUUCAAUGGGGUGUACAAGAUAAUUACGAAAUAGUACGUAAAAUCGGCCGUGGGAAAUAUUCCGAGGUUUUUGAAGGAGUCAAUAUUAUGAAUAAUGAAAAGUGUGUAAUUAAAGUUCUUAAACCAGUAAAGAAGAAAAAAAUCAAAAGAGAAAUUAAGAUCUUACAAAACUUGGCUGGUGGUCCAAACAUUAUUUCGCUUUUGGACGUAGUAAGAGAUCCUCAGUCCAAAACACCAUCACUUAUUUUUGAAUAUGUAAAUAAUACAGACUUUAAAGUAUUAUACCCCAAGUUCACCGACUACGAUGUUCGUUAUUAUAUUUAUGAGCUUCUUAAGGCAUUGGACUUCUGUCACUCAAAAGGUAUUAUGCACAGGGACGUAAAGCCACAUAAUGUCAUGAUUGAUCACGAGAAACGAAAGCUAAGAUUGAUAGAUUGGGGAUUGGCAGAAUUUUAUCAUCCAGGAACUGAAUAUAAUGUGCGUGUUGCUUCUAGAUAUUUCAAAGGACCUGAAUUGUUGGUUGAUUUUCAAGAAUAUGAUUAUUCUCUUGACAUGUGGAGUUUGGGAUGUAUGUUUGCUAGUAUGAUUUUCCGUAAAGAACCUUUUUUCCAUGGUCAUGAUAAUUAUGAUCAAUUGGUGAAAAUUGCUAAAGUUCUUGCAUGGAAUAAAUUCGUUACGAAUGAGAAUCAAAAAUUUGUUACUAAAGAAGCCAUUGACUUCCUUGACAAGCUGUUAAGAUAUGAUCAUCAGGAGCGAUUAACACCUCAAGAAGCGAUGGAACAUCCAUAUUUUGUAAGACAACAUCGAGAUGGUAAUGAAAAUCGAGCAUAG